AUGGGUAAUCUCCUGAGGUGGAUACAAAGUUUCUUGAUCGGUCGCUCUCAAAUCGUCUCCGUCAGUGACAGGCAGUCGGCGGAGGUAGUGGUUGAAAGCGGUGUUCCGCGAGGCUCCAUUCUUGGCCCUACCCUAUUCAUUAUAUACGUCAACGACUGCGUCAGUGAACUGAAUUGUGAUGUCGCCAUGUUCGCUGAUGAUGGUAAACUUUGGAGCGUCAUCCGAACUGAAUUUGACGAAGAGCGCUUGCAGGCAGACCUGACCCGACUCGAGAAACUCGAGGACUGGUUUUUGCCGUUUAAUGUGACUAAGUUCAAUGGUUUGCGAGUCGGCAGGAUCCGAUUUCUAAGCCGGAAGGUUAACUACCUAAAUAACAUACCAUUGCAGGAGAUAGACGCCCAGAAAGACUUGGGUGUUUGGGUAACGGCUUCUCUAAAGCCGCCGCUCCACUGCUCCAAGAUAGCCAAGUCCGCGAUGUCAGUCCUUUAUCUUGUCAAGAGAUCUUUCUCUACCUUCGAUGAGGACUGCUUCGUCAAAGCCUUCCGGACUUUCGUACGGCCACAGGUACAGUUCGCUAUUCAGGCGUGGAAACCCUGGACCUCUGAAGAUCUCAGCAUUCUUGAGAAAGUUCAAAGGCGGGCAACCAAACUCGUAAGUGGACAGGGUUCACUACCCUAUGAAACCCGAUUGUCCAAUCUCGGUCUCUUUCCACUGAGUUACAGACAGCUAAGAGGCGACCUUAUACAAACAUUCCGUAUACUGCGCGGCCAGGACUGCUGUCUCGUACCUACUGAUUUCUUUGAGUUGGCGACCACAACGAACCUCCGAGGUCAUCCACUUAAACUACGCGUAACUGGCGCCAAGCUGGACAUUCGGAAUUUCUUCUUUUCAAACGGCGUGAUCGAGGCCUGGAAUGCUCUGCCUACAGAUGUCGUCAUGUCCACCUCCGUCGAGGCUUUUAAGCGCGAGUUGGACCAGUGUACCACCAAACGUCAUAAUGCCACCUGA